CAUAUUGGAAUUUUGAUUGUUGUCGCUGGCUCCAACGAGAAACAUUUCACGUGCAGUCAGAGUCUACACAGAGAACACGAACGUUUGUAGAUGUUGGUUCAAGACAUCGGGGUUUCGAACGCGGUUCCACGUCUUAUUAGACACAAACACCAAACCCAAGCUGAUGGAGCACUAAACUUGCCGGAAAUUGAAAACUUUGGACGGAAUCAUCUUUGUACUACUAGCAACAUGGACCUCGGACUUCCAUUUAGUCCUGACUGUGCUGAAACGCACCAGGUUGACCUGAGAGUGAUCGUGAAAGAGGAAGAUAUAAAAGAGGAGGAGUAUGGUCAUGUGACAUCAUGUCCAGAUGAAGAUGAAGAAAAGCCCUUUGCAGAGUUUGACUGUAAAUCUGAAACAGACGUCACAGAGUCACCAGAGUCUACGUACAAUGAAAUGCUACAGACAACAGUGAAGACUGAAGUGAAGAAAGAGGAGGAGGAAGAGGAGGAGGAAGAGGAGGAACAACAUGAACAUCUGCUGGAAAGCAUAUCAGAACAUCCACAUGUAAUGGCACAGAAGAUCCAUGGACAGAGUGAUGAACUCAACCUGCAACUGAAAGGAGGUCUGCACCACUGCUCGGUCUGCAAGAAGAGUUUCAUGACCCUGAGAGAACUUGAGAAACACCAGCAAACACACUCAGUUUGGGUGAAUGAAAGCAAGUCUCACAUAAAAAAAAAAAAAAAAGGUUCUCAUUGUGAAAAAGCAUUUACAACAUCCUCACUAGUUAACCACCACAUGCUUACACACACUGGAGAGAAGCCUCGUAAAUGUUUGAAGUGUGGAAAAGGGUUUUCACACAACUCAAGUCUUUCUCGCCACAUGCUUGUACACAAAGGAGAGAAGUCUCAUAAAAGGUAUCAUAAAUGUUCCCAGUGUGGAAUAUCAUUUACAACAUCCCAAGAUCUUCAAAGCCACAUGCUUACACACUCUGAGGAGAAGCCUCAUAAAUGUACCCAGUGUGGAAAAACUUUUUCACAAAUUUCAAAUCUUAACACCCAUAUGCGAAUACACACUGGAGAGAAGCCUCAUAAAUGUACCCAGUGUGGAAAAGCUUUUAUAACCUCCACAGAUGUCAAACGCCACAUGCUUAUACAUACGGGAGAAAAGCCUUAUGAAUGUGUCCAGUGUGGAAAUGCUUUUUCACAACUGUCAACUCUUAGGAGCCAUUUGCUAAGACACCGUACAGGGAAGCCUCAUGAAUGUGCCCAGUGUGGAAAAGUAUUUAUAACCUCUACAGAUCUCAAAUUCCACAUGUUUACACAUACUGGAGAAAAGCCUUAUGAAUGUGUCCAGUGUGGAAAAGCUUUUUUACAAAAGUCAUCUCUUAAGAGUCAUAUGCUAAGACACCGUACAGCGAAGCCUCACAAAUGUGCCCAGUGUGGAAGAGCAUUUGACAGAUCUACAGAUCUUAAACGCCACAUGCUUAGACAUACUGGAGAGAAGGCUCAUAUAUGUGUCCAGUGUGGGAAAGCCUUUGUAUACAUGUUCACACUUAAAAGACACAUGCGAAUUCAUAGUAAUGAGAAGCCUCAUAAAUGUGUCCAGUGUGGAAACGGUUUUUCACUAAUUUCACAUCUUAAAAGCCAUAUGCUAAUGCACACUGGAGGUAAGCCUCAUAAAUGUGUCCAGUGUGGAAAGAGUUUUUCACAAAUUUCAUGUCUUAAAAAACACAUGCUGAUACACACUGGAGAGAAGCCUCAUAAAUGUGCCCAGUGCGGAAAAGCUUUUUCACAGAUUUCAAAUCUGAAGACCCACAUGCGAAUUCACACUGGAGAGAAGCCUCAUAAAUGUGCCCAGUGUGGAAAAGCAUUUAUAACCUCCACAGAUCUCAAUCGUCACAUGCUUACACAUACUGGAGAAAAGCCUUACAAAUGUGUUCAGUGUGGAAAAGCUUUUUCACAAAUGUCAACUCUUAAAUGCCAUAUGCUAAGACACCCUACAGAGAAGCCUCACAAAUGUGCCCAGUGUGGAAAAGCUUUUACACGCUUCUCAACUCUUAAAAAACACAUGCUCAGACACUCUAUAGAGAAGCCUCACAAAUGUGCCCAAUGUGGAAAAAGUCUUUUCUAA